UUGUCAUAAUUAUUGUUGACGUUGUCAAAACGUGGUCAAAACCGAUUAGCUUUCUAUAUUUGUAUUAAAAUUAGUUCUUUUUGUUUGUAAUUAAAGCUAUAUUGUAUUAAUAAAAUGGACUUCUUCACAUCUAUUCCAACUCAUAUUGACUACGUUGGCCAAGCUAAAGCAGAAAAAUUAUAUAGAGCUAUUAUAACAUUAUUUAGUAUUGUUGGCUUUAUUUGGGGCUACAUUGUUCAGCAAUUUUCUCAAUCUGUUUACAUUCUUGGCGCUGGAUUUCUCUUAGCAGCAAUCUUAACUCUUCCACCGUGGCCAAUGUAUCGUCGGAAUCCUCUGAAUUGGCAAAAUCCAAAGAAUACAGACGAGAAACCAUCGAGCAAGAAAGGCAAGAAAUGAAAAAAUGUAUUUUAAAAUCUUAUUGUCUCAAAUUAAAACUUAAUUAUUAAGCCUU